GGCUCUGGGAGAAGGAAGGGCUGCAGUCCUCCAGCAACAGAGUUCAGGCUGUGUCUUUGCUUCAUCAUCUGAGGAAAAAUCCCCCGAUAAGGCUCAGAGCUUUCUGAGUGCAAGAAGAAGAAAAAAAAAAAUAGGAAUAAUAAUAAUAAUUUAAAAAGGGAUAGCUAAUUGCUCAGUGUGGCAUACAUUCAUCACAAUGAUGCGAUGGGAAAGGCGCGGCUGUUUGUUGAUGUCAGAUGUUUCUGUUCACAUUGGAAACGUGCCGAAUAGACGGAGCUGAACAAGGUCAGUGAUUUAAGAAGUGCCUUUGUGAAGUCACUUUUAUGGGAGAGGACUGCUACGCCUGUGUUUUCAAUAUACUGUCUUUGCCAGCUAGACGUUGCCUUGACCUUAGCCGUGGCGGAAGUUACCUCAACUGUCUUGAUUUGCCAAUUAAUUGAUGGGAAACUGAACUCACCGUAAAAGCAGGAAGAAGGAAUUAUUAUUACUGGGACAUGAACAAAUGAAUGCAUUGCUUUUCUUGUGUGAUCGGUACCAGCAAGCGACCUGCGGCGAACUAAUAUUCCAUCCAAGAGUGCCAUUGCAUUGAAGGACGUGCACUUGAAACUGGCGUGUCAGUGAUACAAUCAGCGGACCCACAGGUUUUACAGACAGAAAUGCUCCUGAGCAUGAUCUUCUUCAGCCAAAAGUCUACAAGCGGGACUUAAUGAUUGAUGAGUGACUGCUCACUGAUAAACUUGCUCUGUUUAUUCAGUGUUGUGUGAGUUGGACAUCAUUAAUCAUCCCCCCGACUAUUUUUUAAAGAAAAAAAAAAACAAACUUUCUUUUAAAUUGGAAUUAUUAUUAUUUUUUUCUUGUGUUUUGUUUUCUUGUUUUUUUCUUUUUCCUUCAUCAGUAACUUUGGAAAUUUCUUUGGCAUAAUUCACUUGACGGCAAUUCGCAAGUUCUACAUCAGCCUUUCAUCAUGGCUUUGAAUGUCGCUCCUGUAAGAGAUACAAAAUGGCUAACGUUAGAAGUGUGCAGACAGUUUCAGAGGGGAACUUGUUCACGCUCUGAUGAAGAAUGCAAAUUUGCACAUCCCCCUAAAAGUUGCCAGGUUGAAAAUGGAAGAGUUAUUGCCUGCUUUGAUUCCUUAAAGGGUCGUUGUACAAGGGAGAACUGCAAGUACCUUCACCCACCAACGCAUUUAAAAACUCAGCUGGAAAUCAAUGGCAGGAACAACUUAAUCCAACAAAAAACUGCAGCAGCCAUGUUUGCUCAGCAAAUGCAGUUCAUGCUACCAGGCACGCAGCUACAGCCAGUGCCCACAUUUCCAGUGGGUCCCACAAUAGGAACGAACACGGCUAUUAGCUUUGCUCCUUACCUAACGCCGGUAACACCAGGAGUUGGCUUAGUCCCGACUGAGAUCCUGCCCACGCCACCCGUCAUUGUUCCUGGAAGCCCACCGGUUUCAGUCCCUGGUUCUACUGCUACUCAGAAACUCCUCAGGACUGAUAAACUGGAGGUGUGCAGGGAGUUCCAGAGGGGAAACUGUGCGCGUGGAGAGACUGAUUGCCGCUUUGCACAUCCGGCAGACAGCACAAUGAUUGACACAAACGACAACACCGUAACCGUGUGUAUGGAUUACAUAAAAGGUCGUUGCAUGAGGGAGAAAUGCAAGUAUUUUCACCCUCCUGCACAUCUGCAGGCCAAAAUCAAAGCGGCGCAACAUCAAGCUAACCAGGCUGCAGUGGCAGCCCAGGCAGCUGCGGCAGCUGCGACUGUGAUGACUCAGUCGACUGCCAAAGCAAUGAAGCGACCUCUCGAAGCAACUGUAGACCUGGCCUUUCCUCCCGGUGUUCUUCACCCUUUACCAAAGAGACAAGCACUUGAAAAAAGCAAUGGUGCCAGUGCCGUUUUCAAUCCCAGUGUCUUGCACUAUCAACAGGCUCUUGCCAAUGCUCAGUUGCAGCAGCAUGCAGCGUUCAUCCCAACAGGGUCAGUUUUGUGCAUGACACCCGCUACCAGUAUUGAUAAUCCUGAAGUAAUCAGCAGGAAUGGGACGGAGUGCCACGAAGCCUCCCUGCGGAUGGCCAAGCACGGCUACUGUACAUACUAUCCUGUCUCCUCCUCUCUAGAAUUGCCACAAACUGCAUGCUAAGUAAAGAAUUUGUUCUUACGGACAAAUCACAAACUCUAAAAAGCUAGUGCUGCUAUGUCAUAUAUGAAUAUUAAAUAUGGUAUGCUUACUAUACUCCGACCUAAAAUAGUUAACUACCUGAUACCAGCUGUGAUGUUUCAAGACAUAAAGGGUAACAUUUAGUUUUGAAGAUUUUCUAAACAUAGUUUAAUUCUUGCAAACGUUGUCUUUUCUCCAUAACUAUACCUAAUGGGAAUGGUCCAAUUGAGUUAGCCUUGGGAGAUUCGCGGUUCAUGAAUCUUUCAAGCUCAGCAAUAAUUAAUUUGUAUUGGCUAAAAACAUAUCCCGGUUGCACAUUUAGUUUUAACCCAAACUAUAAUUGGGGGUUUUCUCCUUGGUUAAAAAAAAAAACAAACUCCUGGUUUUGCUCCCCGAGCAAUCUGACCCCGAGAGGGAAGAAGUGCAACAAGGCCCGGCGUCCUGCACGUCACCCCAGCAGUCUGAAUUUUUUAGCCAGAAACCCAAAGCAAAGCACAAAUUCCUUUAGAUGCACAUAGUUGGUAUUUGACUUGUAUGGAGAAGUUGCAUUUGAGUCACAGCAGAAUAGGAGGAAAAAAAAUAAAAUAAAAAAAAAAGAAGAAAAAAAAUUAAAAAAAAGAAGUGAGAAAUUUUGCACAGUAUGAACUUCAUACCCCCCUUUCAGACCCCAGAAGAACAAAAUCUAGAGAAUAUUAUUUUACGAGUAUAUUUAUAAUGUUUUUAAAAGAGACUUUGCAGAAGUGCCUAAAUUUUGUCACAUCAGACUUGGUGAAAGCGAGCCUGAUGCCAACAGUCAAUCCUAGCAGGAGCGAAUAUCUCUCAGACUCGCAGUCGGGUUACCCAGGAGAUCCGAGCUCUUAGCGAGUAACCUCGACCGACGUAAAAUCAAACGAAAAGACCAAACUGACAAAAGGAAAGGAGAAAAAGAGAGCUGUAGAUGAAGAGAAGUGUACAAUAGUUUAAUUUAAUGGAAAUCCAGUUUAGUCACUGAGACUUCAUAAGUGACUUUAAUCUAGGUUAUUAACUGAACACUAAGAAUGUAGAAUGAGAUUCAGUUUAAUUAAUCAUUACUGUAUUUGCUUUUUUUUUAAUUGGGUUAUGAGAUUGUAACCAGAUUAGAAUGGAGGAAAAAAAUAGUUCUUCUAAUUGUUUUUUCUUUAAAAACAUAUUUUAUGUCAUGAAAGUAUGAAGAUAUCUUUAAUACGAUUAUAUACAUAUUAUAUAUACAUACAUACAUAUAUAUGGAUGAAGCAGAUUUUAAUGUUGUUUACUUUUUUAAAUACUUUGUUGAUUUACAAGGUAAUUAUAUAUGUAUAAUUAAAAUUUCAUUUGUUUGAUUUGAGAUUUGUUUCAAGCACUAUCGUACCAAAUAUUUCAUAUUUUCACAUUUUCUAUGUUGCACACGUACCACGGAAAUGACGUAGUUUUUAAAUUAUUGUUUAAAAAAAAAAAAAAAACAAGACAGUUGUUAUAAGUGGAUAUUAUGUAUAAUCGUUUGCGGCAUAAGUUUUCUAUGUGGACAUUAUUAGUGAUUGCAGUAUUUUAACUUAACCUCUUCAGAUUGAUUGUAAACUACUUUAAACUCUGGCAGCACUGCCCGUUGGGAACGACUGAAGGCACUACGUGUGGAACUGUUUGUCUAGGAAAUGAUUUCCGGGCUAAAUCUUGUUCGUCCAAUGUCUAAUUGCUAUCUAUUUAUAUAUAUAAAGCUGGAGAUUUGAUCAUCUGACAGGAAAAAGGAAAAAAGCAAGGAUCGCCAUUGGACUGUAAAAUUAACAUAGUGCUUGUAACGUCGCGUUAGUUUUAAUUUGUGGGAAAAGAGCGUAUCUUAACUUGUUAUUUAGCAGUUAAGGUAUCACCAUGAUAUACUAUUAAAACACUAAUAUUUGUAGACUUUCUCAGUCAUUAUAAUUAGGUAGUUGACACUGCAACUUGCCUAUAUCCGUCAAAGUUGUUUUUAUUUUUUUAUAAUAGUUAAUUUAGGCAUUUGGGUAGCUUACUGUAUAAUACUAAAUGGUAAAUUAUCCACGUUGUUUAAAUAUUUUAUGUAGAUAAUUCUACGAGGCAUCGUUUUAUGUGAACUUUUUAUGUUUCGAAAUAACCGUUAUCCUAUUGUUUUCUACAAGUAACCCAACACGACUAUGUGUUGGUUUUUUUUUUUGCCCACGGAUGACGAAGCUUCAGAUACAUCAGGUCUUUCAUCCAGAUAAACUGACAGACAAAAAAAAAAAAGAGAAAAUGUAUUUUUAAUAAAGAGAUCCACUUUCACGACUCGACGACUUUGUAAUAUUCCUAAAAACUGCACGAGUGCAAAAACCUAUGCUAACGGUAAGGAGGCAAUUACAGAGAUGUGCAAAUGCGUGUACGACAGAUUCUGCAUUUUAUUUAUUUAUAAAGUAAUUUUAUAGACUAUUUGGAAAUUUGGGAAGAUCUAAAAGCUAUUUUUCUGUAUAAAUAUUAUUUGCCAAAACUUUGUUUAUAUUUAAAAAAAAAACAAAAACAACAAAAAAAAAACUCUAACAGAGAUGAUUAAAUUUUAAACGCUUUGUUUAAUUAAAAAAAAAAAACUACAAAAAAACCACAAAAAAAAAAAAAAAAGAAAACAAACCAACAGAAAAACACACAAAUAACCCCCCCCCCCCAAAAGGAACCAUGAGAUGGGCCAGCACAGAGGCAGUAAAUACUGCGGCUGAGGCGUAGUUUCGAGCUACUCAAGGUGUCUCAGCGUAAUUUCCUUCGAGCGAUGAUGCAGCUCCUCACCAAAAUACCUUUUUGUUUGCCUCUCUCAUCCACUGUAACUGACAGCGCUCACACAAACACCUCGGGAACAGUUUGAGAAGCCCCUCCAUUUGCUCGAUUCUGGCGUAUAACUACUAGUGGUCUGUUAAAUAACCAUUCUAUUUCUGUUGUGACGUUCAGUUCAUUCACCCAAUGUACAACCACUGAAAUAAAAAGAAGCAUUUUAAAGUGA